AUGGAUGUCCGCAAUAACCACUCGUCGCUUCCAUCUACUAGAUGGCCGAAUGUUAGCCACUACCAAGUCUUUCUCAGUUUCCGAGGAGGAGAUGUUCGGAGAGGCUUCAUUGAAUUUCUCUUCAACGGCCUUGAAGAUGCAGGGAUCAGUGCAUUUAUCGAUCAUAGUGGGAUCGAGAUCGGAGAAGAGAUCAUGCCUAAGAUCUUACAAGUGAUCAGGCGCACACAGAUAUGCAUUCCUGUCUUCUCCAAAGAUUUCGCUUCCAGUAAGAGUUGUCUGAGGGAGGUGGCGGAAAUGGUGGCGUGUGACAGGACAAUCAUGCCCAUUUUCUAUGACGUCAGCCCUGAAGUCGUCGGCAAACAGCAGGAGAAUUAUCAGCAGUCCUUCAGCAACCAUGCAGCCAAGAGGGUGACAUCAACGACUCUAGACAACUGGAAGAGGGCUCUGCAGACUGUUUCAGGAAAACGAGGAUGGGAAUUGGAGAAAUUCCAGCACGGGGAGCAUGAACUUAUAAACGAGGUUGUUUCCGAGGUCCGCCAGCUGUUGAAGGAGGAUGAUUUAGAUGUGACAGAAAAUUUAGUAGGGAUGGAUCACCAUGUGCGAGAGAUGAUGAAAAAACUCGGCGUUCUCUAUGAAAAUGACCAAGUGGUUGAACGGCAAAUGCUGAUGGGAAAACGUGUGGUUGAGAUAUCGGGCCUUCCAGGAAUUGGUAAGUCGACUCUUGCUACGGUUGUCUACAAUAAAAUCCAUCAUCUCUUUGAAGGUAAAAGCUUCCUUAAAGAUAUCCAUGGAGCAGUUGAGCAAAAGAGAAUCUUAUCUCUCCAAGAAGAUUUAAUUAGCGAUCUCCUCCGAAAUAAAAGAUGUACACUCAGAUCUCCUGCUGAAGGUACCAAAUUUAUCCGGUACAGAAUUGCAAAUCUGAGGGUUCUCAUAAUCCUAGACGAUGUUAGUGAUUUUGAACAAACCAAUUCAUUAGCUGGAGAUCCAAGUUGGUUCGGUCCAGGAAGCAGGAUCAUCGUGAUUUCUAAGAGACGCAAUCUUGUUGACGAGUAUAGUUGGGCACCGAUUGAAACUGCUGAGCUGAGCGUGCUUGGUCAUGGAAGCCAGAGGAUUGUCACCUCCAGCAGAAACAGUUCUGUUAACAUAUGCGAUGACUUCGUCAUUGAAAAAUUCGAGCUAAAGCGAAUGAAUGACGUCCAUGCUUUUCAAAUGUUCUGUAUGUAUGCUCUUAAAGGAGGACCUCUUCGAGAGGAAAUCUCCUUUGUGGCACGGGACAUUAGUUUGGCUGCCGAAGGGCUUCCUUUCCUUAUUAAGAUUGUCGGUUCCUCUUUAUAUGGAAAGCCCAUAACGUUUUGGAAGGAGGCAUUGGAUCGAUUGAAGCAAGAGACUUUCUCUAAGGAAGUCAAACGAAUUCUGAAGGCAAGAUAUGAAGCUUUAGAGUACAGUGCUCGACAGAUUUUUCUUGAUAUAGCAUGUUUUUUUAUGGGUAAGGACAAGACAAUAUCCUCUUACCUGUGGGAAGCUUGUAAAUACCAUCCUUCUACACGGAUUGCCGAGCUUCAAGACAAGUCUUUGGUAACAACCACCGACAAUAAUGAAUUUCGGAUGCAUAAUCAAGUAAAAUUCCUCGGGAGGAGCUUGUCAAGGAUGAAAAUCCAAGUAAACCUUCUGAGCGUAGUAGGCUUUGGAAUCAGGAGGAUACUGGACGAGUACUGA